AUGGGAAAAAUCUACCUUCCAGAUGUUCGUUUCCAGCUGUUCAGGUGAACCAGGUUGAGAGAAUAUGAGGUACUCGAACAGUAUUACAGUAUGAUCAAGACCAACAGUGGCGGGGAAGCUUGUGCAUCCAGCGCACUCCUUAUCUCAAGUCAGUAACAGAUUAAAACAGUUUGAAAGUUGCUCUUACCUUACACUCGUUCCGAGAGUUGUAUUCUGGAAAAGUAGUUUGUCCGCUGCCAAUUCAAGCAAAUGUUGUUUGAAUGUGUUCUGUGGACCCAAAGCUAUCCAAGCUUGUCAGCCGACUUUGGGGGCGUUCAAGUCCCCAACAAUAAGGACAGUCCUUUCCGAACAGGGCUUGUUCAGUUCCAAUAGGAGAAGGUGAUCGUGUUCAGCUGUCUGGCUUAGGGAACCUAAAUGGGUCAUCUGAAUAACGGAAGAUCUUUAGUAACUUUCGCACCUUGAACUUUGCUUUAUUUGAAUAGCACACUUGACGCUGCUUCAGCGUGCCUGUACCCUAGAAUUAUCAUCUGUCGCCAAGGUACAUAAUUCUUAAGCUGAUGCUUUAACGAUGAGCCUGGCCGUCUUUGACUCUUUUUUCCUAUUACUUGGUACCAUUCGUGUUGCACGUAUUGCCCUUGUCUUCCCGUUUUUUCCUCAUUACCCACCUUUCCUUGCUAUCGUAUGGUAUAUGCUGACCUCAUUUGACUACAGUUGCGGUUCUGCACUGGUCUCACCACUUAGUUUACCUGCUUCUAAUUCGCCUUUUGAAUAUCGUUUUCUUUGCACUCCUGGUCUCGCUCGGUUUUGGCCACAACAGGACCUCCACUGUCGUAACAAUGGCAGCCGCCACAGGGGGCAGCUAGGGAGGGAUUAUUCAAUGACCACCGACUUUCUCCAAUUAAACUAUGAGAUUUAUUUUGCCUUCAGUUAACCCCACAGCUGUUAGACAUGGAGCAAGUAACCAUUAACCUUUUUUUAUUCGAUCACUUACAGGAAUCAUUUCCCUUCGUCGGAUAUAGGGCUCGUUCCUUCCCCCUUUUUUUCCCGGUUCAUUUUCUUUGAUCGUUUUUGCUUCUUCGAGUAAAUGAUAUACCAUUACUGCAAACUAACGUGUCUGAAAUUGCACAUGACAUGCAGUGUGUGCGGACACCGUCUUAUCCCAGACCGUGCGAUCUGCUAAAGUCCCUCGUCUCCUUCCCUUCGGAGUUUGCUUUAACUAGCUUUCAACCCGAAACUCUUUACUUUCUUUUUACUCAUUCUUGUCGAACCAAAGCUUAGCCGUCUGUUGCAGGUGUAUGCUUUUAGCGGCUUUUGACUCGCGACAUAUGGCACAGUUACUCCUUAUCGAACACACUUGGGUGCUGUAAUACACGCCCAUACUAGCCACUAUAGGCGUUUUUUGAUAUUUUGAUAUUUAUUGACCGCACUCUAACUAGAAUGGCCAAGUAGUUCGAUUCAUGUUGAUGGUAGAUAAAUGACUAGGUUUGUGGCUCUGGAAUAAAACUAUAGACCGGAGAACUGCUGCAAUCGUGCACAGCGGGUGCGAAAGAUUUCCAGUUAUAGACCUAGCGGCGUUUAAUGUUUUCCAUGCUUGGAAAUGACCACUUUAGUCCACGACUUUUUGAACGGAUGAUAGAAGCGACAAAUAUUUAAGUAAAUCAGCGGCUCACUGGCCCACUGCUUCUGCAAGAACCUUCUAUUGGGGCCCCCUCUCUCAGGCAUGGUUUUUGGGCAUGUGCAUUUAAAUCUUUAUAUAAAUGGUCAUGUGGUGCGUUAAACGAUACCUUGAUCCGCAAUUUGGAUUUUGACUGACCGCACCUCCAACGCGACCGGCCAAUUCAAACCCAUGCAGGCAAGUCUGGGUCCUUCAAAAUCUAUCCUAAUAUACUUCUUAACUUUUAAAUUUCUGAGCCUCUUAUAUCUAGAUCACACAGUCAGGAGUCUCGAUUUCUCCUAGUUAAAGAAAUCUGAACCACCCAAUAAACCUUCUGCCCGUUUGCCGGAUUGAACAUGCGCACAAUUUUCCGCAUUUCUUUAGUACAACCAAAUAAACUCAGUACUAUGUGCUAAUCGCACUUCAAGUGUUCGCCUUCCAUUGCGUUGCGUUUGCCGACUCCCACUCGAAAUUUACUAAAUAGAUAUGCCAGUUAUAUAGACGGUCGAAUUCACAACUAGAGAUCCGCCAAACGUUUGUUCUAACGGCAUAUGCCACGCUUAGGUUAACCUGGCUGUGUUGCAAAAGAAAAUUAGGUUACUUUAUCGAAAUUUUUCACCUGAUCAGUGCGGGGCACAUUCAAAUCAUAAGAAGGGACUACUAAAAAGAACGUUAGGGAAUCGUUCUCCCGGUCAGGCGUAUAGAUUUCCAUGUGAACCUUGGCCCUAAAGGCGAAUUUUGUUUAACCAUUGCAUACAGUUAGUAUCCAAGCGCGUCAAUCUUCCCUGAUUCAUGCAGGAAAUUUUUUCCGGAAGCCUUGUUUGAUCUAAACUCGGUUCCUUGGACGAUUUCAAUCUAACCUAAUUGCUUUUGACGGAAUAGAAUUGAGACCGCCUAUUCUAGAUUCAUCUGUUAUUCGGAUUCAUAGUUGCCCUACCCGUUUGGCGGGAAGUUCGUCCCGAGGAGCCGAAGCUGUCUGGUAACUCAAGGCCUUUACGGCCUCUCGUGGGCCAGCAGAUAUCACCAGGCGCAAAAUCCAAGGCAGUGAUCAGAACUAUGAAAAAUUCCCCACCUGAAGCCCAGAAUGCCUCGUUUCUGCAAGCAAACUCCCCAUCAAACACAAAGCUCUCGCAUUUAAGGCCCAUAUGACGGGGCCCUGACCUGCUUCUACGCCCGUUUGAUUUGCCCGCUUUUGUCAAUGAACCUGAUAUACCGAAAUGCUGAAUAAUGUUGACCGACGGGCAUAGUCACGAGGAAUUGAUGCUGAAGGAGACAUCAAAAGGUCCACUUUUACACCAAAAUUCUCUAGCAGCGCUGACCCACAAAGCUACACUGUGGCUCAAAUCAAUAUAUUCUUCCAUGUUCAGACGUAAUGGUAGAUGGAAGAAUUCGAGAGAAGGAUUUCAAGAGCUUGUCGACGAAGUCAAGCGAACUUUUAAGACCACUUUCUUGCAGAUCUUUUGCCCACCUUUUGUUAAUAGGCUGUGAAACCCUUUAGCUAAUGCUUUUAAUCUUAGAUUUCUGCAAUAAAGUAGACCAUCUCUGGUUCCAUCUGCUUCGCUAUUAAUCGGUAAUUUGCUAGAUAUGGCGAGAUAUCUCUUCCGCUCUCGUUCCUCUCAGUGACACCAUCACUGCACCGCCACUGUCUCUGCUCGUCGAUGAUGGUUGGUUUGCGAAUCUGUUCGUUUUGGGAAUUUGCUGCAACCUCCACCUUUAACGUUGGUUAAAACGGCGUCCGAGUUCGCGAAUCGUUCCGCUAUUAUGUUCGCUUCGAUCGUGACGAGUAAGCCACUCAUCCCUAUUCAAAAAGCAUUUGAAGGCAAGGUCGCUCGAAAGACGAGCAACUAUGUCACCGACAGCUUAUCGAAUCGUCUUACCAGGACUCAAGUCUUUGGAGCCUACCAUGUUUGAGAUUUUCUACUCAGGGGCUGUCACCGAGGUACCUUAUUUUAGUCAAGUUUUCUGACAACAGAUACAUCAGUGCAGCGAGGCUACUAAAGAAGCUCGGGCAGAAUCCUGCCGCAGCCCAAGGAUGUUUUGACGCGUCCAUGUUUCAUUGUUUCAGGGACCACGUACCUGGACAGCACAUAGUUUGAGCCAUAAUCAUAUAGCUACGAUGAUAUAGUCAGAGCCACCUAUGUUAAAAGGAGGGCACUUUGCAUACUGUAAGCAUCUAACUCGAAGCUAACUCAGCCUACUUGGUUGAAUAUGCAGCCCGUUUCGUCCUAACAAUGCCUGAGACAUAUACUGGGCGUCUCGGCGCUAUCAGAAUAAGGUAUUUAUGAUAACCAGAGGUUCCUCAAGAAGAAUAUUGACAAGCAUCCUAUCACAUACACGAUCCUUCCCUCUACAUGAUUGCCAAUGACCGAUUUAGUGUACACAUGACACUUCUCCGCUUUAGCGUUUCGGUAACUGAUCAAAUCUUGGGAAAUGUAUAAUUGCUCUCGAUAUCUGUUCUUAUAAAAUCUCUUUCUUCUGACCACCGGUGCCCGCAGCGAUAACCUUGACGCCGAUAUAGCGUCACCAAGCCACACAAGUGCAUCUUCUGUGAUACCAGCUCGCAGGGCACACUUGAAACUUUGACAUGAUCACUCGAAAUGCUUGCAGCUUCUUGUUACCUAGAAUUGUUGGUGAUGACUUUUCGAAAGCAUCUUAGCCUCUUUCCACCUCAUACUUCGCAAUCGGGUGCCUGACAAGUGGAAAUGGCUGGGACGCAUAGCAUCCAUAUGGUAUUGCGCCAAUGCUCACAUUGCUGACUUUUGUUUCUAUUACAAGAGCAGUUCUCACAUUUCAGCAAGCAAACGCACCAGUUUAUACGCUGAUAAGUAGACUUACUAUCGAUUAUAUGGAUUUUUUUCUGGGAUUGCGAGCGCCUCAGAGUUCGUUGUGAUUAGAGCCAUUCCUAACCUGCUUAGUAUCGCGGUUCGUAACGUUUGUAGGAAGCUGAAAUCCCUGCUAAUUAGAGUUGACUUUGAACACACAGUCAGCCUCAGGGGAACAACGACCAAAAUAUAUUUAGUAGUAUUCCGUGAUUCAGAUUCAUGUGCCGGACUCUCUGUGAUCCCCGCAGGUCGUGGUAACUGGCCGACUUCAUGAGUUCAGGUUCUCGACAUGUUAACCUGAUGGCCUGGGCAAUUGGCUGUAAGCUGGGAGAGUGUCUACUGAGGACGGGAAGUGAAGCAUCUCCAUCUCAUGAGCCACACUGCAGAUCUGUUAGAAACCUGCCCGAACCGAUGUGAUAUUCCCACCGAUGGGCUGUAGAGAGUGUGAUGGCGAAGCGUCCGCGAAUAGGAUUUAUCUAUAUACUGUGCGGUAGGUUCCAACAAGAGUUUUCACUCGGGCAAACAUCGUCAACGGCUUUGACUCAUACAGACUUUCUCAUAAAGAAUAAUCAUUUGUCAGCGCGACUUGCCCAGAAUUUUUGAUCCACGUUUGUCAAAUCCAAUCGCCUUUUAAUAGUUUUCAGCGUACACUUGCACGAUUGCGUUUAAUAAGAACGCGAAAACAUCGCUGAGUAUUUUGAUAGAGAACAUGUUAAGAAACCAUAGUCCACAUGUCGACAUCCCUAUUGCUUGUUCUCCGCAGGAGAGAAUCCGGGUCGAGGGGGAUUUUAAUAUUUUCACAUUUUGCUGCAUGACAAUAGGGCUCUGGGCCUAAGACAGCAUCCUUUUGUCGUGAUUGCCGACCUGUUUAGACGAAGUCCGACCCGUUUCGUUCAGUGAGACCACUUACGUAUUGCUGCUCAUAUUCGUGGGAAGUAUGUCAUUCUGGCCAACACACUGAAUAUUUCCUCUAGUCCGGACAGUAUACCAUUAUCACCGGACACGAUAGGAGUAGGAGUUUUGAGUGAGAUCGCUAUAGCGCAUCUCUUCAUGACGGCCAAACCAGUGUGCAUUUAGACUAGCACGAUGCCUUUGCCGUCGUGAUCCGAGUAGUUGCCAAUUGAGGAGACAGCUACAUCUGAUAAGUAGAGUGCGAUGGCUCUGCUGUGAUUUGGUGCAUUUCGUGCGGAUAUAAAUACGUGAGCUUAAAUUUAUGCUCUUUUAAAAUGGAAAAUCAGCAUGUGUUGACGCACGUAGGCUGGGGCGGGCGCCAGGUAAACUUACAGUCAAGCUAAUGGCCAGUUACUUUGGUCCACCCAUGCCAAUGGGACAGGACACGAGUGGGGAGGCAGCGUCUAUGCAAGUCCUUGCCAUGAUUCGAUCCCAGGGGAUCAUCUUCCUCCGGGAGGAUUACCCUUGUUAAUCACGACGAGUUCACUACUGUCAGGUCUCCUGGAUGCCACUAACAUGCCCACAUGCCCGCAUCUCUACAUUCAUCCUGCCGAUUCAAACCAGUACCUAUGCUGGGCAUCGCUAUGUGUCUAAUAAAGUCUUGGUUUGUAUAACCUCUACCAUCUCUUGCCGUUCCCUUUGUCGCUAGCCUCACAAAUGGAAGGUCAGUCGCACAAACAACACGUUCGUACUGAACUGCCUUCUGAUCGCCGACCAUCCGGUCACCAUGGAAGCGGUCGAAGCAAUGAGCAUCUUCAACUUCUUCAGGUGCAAGAAGAGGAGCUUGAUUACGUAAGUUGGGCCUGAUCCCCCCUCUCUCCCUCUCUGUGCUCUGUUGAAAAAAGCUCCUGGUAAGGCUACGUACUUGCCGUCAGAGCACCACGGGAUAACUCCCUUAUUGGCGUAUUACCAACGUGUCCGGGCCAGAGAUUUUGUGGACAUUGAAUGACUAUUUCGACCGGCACUGCGCUGAACUUGCACAAAAUCAUGCCUGCGAUGCCAUCCAGCAUUUGGAUUUCCUGGUUUUCGAUCUUGGACUUAGAACGCCCAUAAUUUUCGGUCGUGAAAUUGCCCAGACUUGGGUGGAUCCUACAUCCGCAUCCGGUUUUCAUUCUUCAAAGCUACUGUUAUGGUUUCUUUUGACAGCGGACACUGUAAGAUGUGUAGCGGAUACUCAUAAGAGAUUUAAAUAUACACUAUAAUUUGGUCCAAAAUCAUUGGACGAGUUUGUGGCUAUGUACUCAGGAUCCAGCUUUUGGGUUCAGUUCAAUUUGUUUACAGCAGCUACAGUUUACAUCUCCUUAUUGCAGCAAAAUGAUCGCACAACGCUCAAACUUGCCACAUUUAGUGGUCAGUAACAUAAUUUGUGCGCUAAUAUUGCUCAGAUCUGGCCCUCGGCGCUUGUGGUUGUCAAGAGCGCGAAUGUAAAUGCUGGAAGUCCUGUUCAUCGGCGAGUCGCCAAUAUCUCCAGUGUGGUUUCUCCUCUCAACCAAGUCCUUUAAGUUUCUCCCAUCGACGCAGCCAAUUAACUGCGCUAUACGGCUGAUGAAGCGCAUAGACACUCACCGAUCGGGAAGGCUGCUAAGUCGAGCCGUUGUCCAUGAAACAAUCACGCGCGCCGGUGGUGCCACCAACUUAACGAUCCGAAGAAAAAUAGGUUGGCUCGACUCUCCCCCCCCCCGAUCAACACCCACGACUGGACACGCACCUGCGACGCACACCCCCAGCGCACAUGUUUCGGGAGUGAAAUCAAACCGAUAUUUCGGCGACACUGGCAAACUGUGGUUCCAUCUGUCUGUGCCUCCUCGUCGGGUAUGUGAUUACACUGCGGAUAGGCCAAUGGUCCUCGGAUUGACGUUCCCGGUAGACUAAUUUUCCCAGCACUGGACCAUGUGCGCUGUCUACAUGCUCGCCGACUUGUAUCCAAUUGCAGAUGUUGCCCGGGAGUGCUGUCCUCUGAAGAGGAUAUUAACAAGCUUGAAGAUACUGCUGUCACCCGCAUAUUUUCAUUAUUAUAUCCCAUCCGUUGAGCAUCCAUUUCUUUCUUUUUUCACAGGGGGAAGAUGACGAGCUUUACGCACCCCAGUCGUCUUCGCGGUCCCCACGGGAGGAGGGAGAGGCCCUCUCAGAAGACGAAAUUUUAGCCGCCGCCGCGGCGGCAGCGGUGUCCGGGCAUCGGGUCUCGUCGGCCGCCUCUCGUCGCCCACCCAAAGACCGAGAGGAGGGUGAGGCCUCGAGCGACGAGGAGCAACAACAUCGGCAGAAAAACCGUCAACACCGUCGCGAUCAGCGCCACGCACAGUCGCAACAGCGGCAGCACAAGUCCUCUCGCGAAGGUCGCCACGGCCACAGUCAGAAAAGGCAUGCGCCUCCGGCCGGCGAGUUGCGUCCGCGAUCCCCUUCGCCCUCCCCCACUCCCGCUAAGGUCUCUCGUGAUCUGAUAGAUGCCGCCGGUGAGGCCCGGGAGGCUGAGUACCGUCGGCGUCUGGCUGCGAGGCAGGCGCAACGUCAACAAGAUAAGAGCGCCGAAGAGGUUCAUCCCCUCAUCCCAAUGCGUUCCAAGUUUGACUCUUCACCUGAGAGCAGCCAGGAGGUGCAGGAGGAAGAACAGGGGCAGGAGAAGCGGGUUUUGCCGAGGGAGAAGCUUAAGCGUCCGCCCCCCAGCGCCGAGAAUCUUAUUUCAGCCAAGUAUGCAGAUAUAGGUGAGACCUCAACUCUAUCCGGCCUCGAGAUCUCACGUCUGAAGCACCAGAUGCCUUUCUUUACCUUUUUCCUCCCCCUCUCUCUCUCUCUCGGUACAAGUUAGCCGGGACGUUAAGUCUUGAUAGAGACAAGGCAGUGCUGAUAGUUAUUGCACCGUUAUAACGGUUCAUCCAUACGCUGCACCAUAAUGCAGGGCAUUUCAUGUAUCUCACCCGGUGUUUAAACCUUGAUCUGGUGAUCUUGGGCAAAUGACCUGGUUUGUUUGGCAUAGAACACGUGAAACACAGGUACUUAAGUAGAUUAGGAAGAAGAGGUGAUGUCUGGGAUGUUUCAGGCGUUUCGAAUCCUCAGAGUUAUGCUGGUGCCCUUCGACACAACGUGGAGGAGAGUGGGAACAUUUGGUAAUUUUAUUUGCAGAGUUUGAUUACGUCACCGCGCCUCCAUAAGAGGGCGAAGUUCCCAUCACACAAGGCCGUACAUCUAUUAAUAAAUGACACAGAAGCCUCCAAGCAACAGCACUUUCACUUACAAGACCGAAUAAGUUGGUUGCCCGAGUGGCGUAAAAGCCAAGUAUCCAUAUCGUAGGAAAUGGUGCUGGCCGACCAGUUUACCUGACGGGCUCAUUCUGUUGUGCCUUGAGGCCCGAUCUAGAGCCGGCUCAGGGAAUCGCAUAUCAAUCAGUAACAUAUGCUGGGAGGAGUGUCAUGAAAGACAAGGGAGACCGGAAUGGCCAUUUCUGGUCAGCCAGUCAUGCCCAACUCCAGGUCAUCCAGACCGGGCACUCAAACCGGACUCUUUAGUCAUUGAACGUUUAUAAGUCCGCAGUCUGCCAUUUAGCCACAAGCUCUCUGUCUAAUCGGUUGUGGUCGGGAGUUUCUACCCGGCCUACAAGCAUGCUCCAUCCGAUGUUGACGGCUCUGUUUGGUUUUCAGCAACCCUAGAAGAACCACACCCGAAUCCCUACUCCCAGUCCAAGAGGCAUCGACCUGCAGAUCAUGCCGAUAAGACAAGCAAAACAACCAGGAAAGCCACCCUACCGGAGAACGCCUUCUCAUCGCAGCCCGAUCUUGAGGAAUUCGCCAGAGAACGUCAACAUCGUCACCACCAUGUCAGCCGGUCCAAACCCUCUGGCCUUGAGGUUUCUGCCUCGGACAGAAGACCUGACCGCAAGGGACAGUUCCCUGGUCCCGGCGGUAACUACCUUUCGCCGCCAACUUCGCCCCAGCAGCCGCAGCAGCCUGAGCAGCAUAGGCCAACGCAACGCAGGUCAGCCUCACACAGCUCCGCCUCGCGCAGCUCCUCCCGCUCACCGCCUGCGCACCUGCGCAACCGUUCUCGCACUCCACCUCGCGACCGGCCGCCCGCGCACCGCUCUGUGACCGAUGUAGCCGGCCUGAAGCACAAGUCCAAACGACCGGGGCCUCUUGAGGUAGUAGCGGCUGCACCCCUUAAAAAGAAACAUCGAAGGCAGAAGGGCAGACACUCGUCACGCACUACCCCAUCUUCCUCCUCCUCCUCAUCAUCAUCUUCCUCCCCUUCUUCCUCCUCCCCAGUCUCACAGAAUGAAGAGCCCAACGACCGCGGUAAUCGUGAGAAUGUUCUGCAGCGCCCGCCCCAGCGUGUCCCCAUCGAUGGCAGUCGUUUCAAGUACGCCAGUUCGGAGGAAGAGGAUGAGGAGGUUUUGGAGGUGGAGGAGAGGGUCGCCGUCAGUGUGGAGCAGCAAGGCCUCGGUGUCCAUUUGCCUGCCGGAGAUGGCACUAAGGGCGAUGUCGAUGUGCUUGAUGAACUCCAGCGAGAACGACAGCAGCAAGCGACUAUGAUGGCCCAGCCGGCAAAGCCAUACUACUACCCUUCCAUCCAGGUUCGCUAUUCCUGUUAAGUGUUAUUACGUUAUAAAUAAAUAAGUAUAUAUAUAUAUAUAUAUAUAUAUAUAUAUAUAUAUCAUUACAGAUGGGCGCUCACCGAUCAGGUUACGGAACGUGCUUGCUACGUUGUGCUUUAGGGCUAAAACCGAAAAAUACAAGGCAGACCGGAAUGGCCAUUUCUGGCUUAUUAGCCGUCGCCAGCCAGCCAUACCCAAACCCGAAGUUUGGAACACCCGGGCCUCGAACUCGCGACCUGUUGGUUUAGAAGUCCACGCCUCUACCCACCAUUCCAGUCUCCCUUGUCUUUGUCGGUAAUACCAUUCUGCCUAUAUAUCAUGCGCCGCUGUGCGGCUGCUGGUUGGGCUCGAGAGAGAGCCCUUAAGGCACAACGGAACGAGUGAGUUCCGUAUGAACGAUCGGUGAGCGUCCCCUACCAUUAUAUAUAUGUAUCAAGUGAAUAAUUUCAGAAAUUGUUCAGUGCAGGACAUGGAGUUAAGUCGCCAAGAUAAGACUUUUUAGGGUCAGAUCCGAAAUUUCAAUGAACAUUUGGGUCGAAGACAAUCGACUACUUUGGAAUAACCACGUAAUACCUAUUCUAAAAACGAGUAGUACUACAAGUAAUAUGAAACUUAUAUGCUAAAGAUACUAUACCGUACUCCCGACAUUGAUACUAACUAAAAGCCCAGACACGUGUUUGGCCGACGUUCUGCCGCUACGGGACACAGCCGUGAGGUGUUCGGCUUCUCAGUGGGUCCCCCAGGGUUGUCUGUGCGGUUUCUGGUAUAUGAACUCCAGAAUGUCGGUGAAAUACGUGUCUGGGCUUUUAAUUAGUAUCUAUGUCGGGAGUACGGUAUAGUAUCUUGGGUAUGACUGGCUACAGGAUGGCCAUAUAGUUAUUAAAAUACUUCCCAAGCGACUAACGCUCAACCAAUGCCCUUUUUGAAUUACACAUUAUCUGCGAGUAAACCGCACAAAAGCACCUUACUGUAUACAUCCAAUAGUUUAAAUGAUCAUUUAGUGGAUGGUCAUUUCGCGCCUUCUUAUGAGCCACAGACCAUGGUGAGGUAGCUCAUGAAAAGAGGUCAGCGGACUAUCGCAUUUUUUACCACUUACUUAUUCCCCCUUUCUUCUCUCUUCUGCUGUCCAGAUGAGGUGAGUAGUCAGCUUUUUCUGCUCUUACUUAACAGGGCUGUCGCUCUGUUGACGAGUUUGAAUGCCUCAACCGCAUUGAGGAGGGCACCUACGGCGUGGUCUAUCGGGCCCGAGACAAAAAGACCAACGAGAUUGUGGCUCUGAAACGUUUAAAGAUGGAGAAGGAACGAGACGGCUUCCCGAUCACCUCUCUACGCGAAAUUAACACCCUGAUGAAGGCUCAGCAUGAGAACAUUGUUACCGUGCGCGAGGUCGUUGUUGGCAACAAUAUGGACAAGAUCUACCUGGUCAUGGAUUACGUUGAGCACGACUUGAAGGCCCUGAUGGAGGUAUGUAUGUUGCGCGUUUCUGCCUAUGCUUUAGAGGUGUCUGACUGGUCUGUUUAGCGGGCAGCCAGUUUUACGAACGGAUUUGAAACCUUAAGAACGAGAGACCGUGUUGCGGUCAGUAGAUCAGCAUAUUUGAAGUGGUAGUCCUCUGUCCCCUGAUAACUCAAUAAGGUGUUCGCAGUAAUCUACUGAGGGAAGAAAAUGUCAAGUCACAAAUUGGCUCAUGUACUUAACCGAGCUCUUCAGCGCAGAUGAAAUCAACUCAAACAUGAUAGUUCGACCGUCGCAUCCGACGGUGUCCACCGUCUGCUCCACAGCGAGGUGAAGCAGGCACGGUGACUUGCGCAGCAUCUACCGUGCUUUCUCCUUCUUCCCACCUGGAUCCGGUGUCAAGAUAUAGUCAAGAAAACCGGAGGCGGGAGGGUGCAUGUGGAUGGCGCGGCCGGAACCGCACCUUGGAUUUCGAUCAGCAGCAACAACAGAAAAGACGUGGAUGACUGGGCAAACGUGCACACGACCUGUAUAUCCAGCGGGAGCGCAAGCGCAUCUACCGGCAGGGAAUGAGGUGUCAUAGAACUGCCAGCACGCACCAGGCUGCGAGGGCUACGGUUUGCUGAUUAAUGACAUAGCAGACUCUCACCAACCUUGGGGCCCAGAAGAGUGACAUAUAGUUCUGCAUUUGCCUGGACCAUCACCCUUAAAAGGCUGGGUAACCAAUCAGUCAGCGACUGAGAGGCAUUACUUAUCAAGCAACUCAAACAUGGUAGUAAUAUAUCGGUGUGCUUCAAUAUUUGAUAAUGAAGAAGAAGAGUCGAGCACCGAAACACUUCGUUUAUUGUCCUGAGCUUCCAGAUUCGUACAGGAGUCCAUCGUCAGAGGUAGUGGCAGAAACAGUACAAGCCGCAGUUAUAAGGCACGUAGGCCCAAUCAUCGAUCGACGUCGCACGCCUGGAGGUGACUACGCAGGGCUCUGUACGCCGGCGCCAGAUCGCUUCGCCGCACAGCCACAAGUGGCCGCCCAUACCUACGAAAUGGGUCACGAGUUUAACUUCGCAGCCACCAAAAUAGUCGCCCACGCCGGAAACAAAACAGGCCGAGAAUUGAUUGAAGCCUGGGCCUCGGAUGAGAACUCGGUCAAUCGAUUUAUCGAUCUGGCGCCGGCGUACAGAGCCAUGCGUAGUCACCUCCAGGCGUGCGACGUCGGUCGAUGAUUGGGCCUACGUGCCUUAUAACUGCCGCUUGUCCUGUUUCUGCCACUACCUCUGACGAUGGACUCCUGUACGAGUCUGGAAGCUCAGGACAAUAAACGAAGUGUUUCGGUGCUCGACUCUUCUUUUUCACUUAUGCAUACACCUGGAACUCGAAAUUUCACCUUCAUAUUUGAUAUUGGCGGCCAGUGAUUACUCAAGAUACUGACUAUUGCUGUUUUUUUCUUUGGUACGGUAUCUUUGAGUCGAAACAAAGUAUGACUAGUAAGGUAAAAAACAGUCUUACGCAUUUUUCAUUUUCAGUGUGGUUUUGGAACCGAUAGUCGUCUUAGUCCUUGACUGGAGAUCUAAAGCAAGAGUCGAACUGACUUGAACUGCUCCUCUAGCCUUGUUUUUUUUUCAAAGUACCAUUCAAAUCGCAGAGUUUUUCUGGGAAUCCUAUGAGUUCUGAAAAUAGUUGUUUUCUGUGCAAGAAGUUGCAUUUGAAGUAAAAUGCAUAAGACUUUAAGUGACUUUGGUCUACAGUUUGUCCGCUUGGAUUAUCUAUGCCCGCUGAUAAUUGGCAUCGGCAAAAUUGGUAAGCAAUCGAAUGUAGGCCUUGUGGCGAUGUAUUUGUUCGUUGGCCUAAAAGUGCUGUCUUAGAAAUGAUGUAUAAAUUUAAUUGCGUUGCCAAAGCCAACAGCUUGAUACCGCAGCUAUACUGACCAAGUGGUUUUUCAUACGACCCGCUAGUUUCUGUUUUUUUUUAUCCCGACCUCAGUUGGCGGCGGACCUCGAUCUUGAGUGCCUCUCCCCCUUUAUGUACAACCAGGAGGGGACCCAAUUGGCUUAAUACACAAUGCGUCAAAUGUUCAGGAUAGAACUGACUGAUAACUGCUUAACCAUCUGUUUUUCAGACAUGGCAAAUCGUCGAAGUGUAAAAAGCACGGCUUAGAUCUAUUUCGAAACAUCAAGAAGACAGAAAAUGCGGGCAUUUGGCAGGACCUCUUACCUUUUCAAAUUGAACACACACUGCUUCAUCCUGCUUUUUAUCAACGGCUGUACGUAACAUCAUUUGUACCCAUCAAAAUUGUUUUUUUUUUGACAUCUCAGGUGAUGAGCGGACCGUUUAGUGUCGGAGAGGUGAAGUGUCUGCUCACCCAACUCCUGAGAGCUGUCCGACACUUGCACAACAACUGGAUCCUUCAUCGCGACCUGAAGACCUCCAACCUUCUCCUAAGUCACAGUGGUAUCUUAAGGGUAAGUUUACGUGUUGGAGGUGGUGGAUGGGUGGGGCUUUUUCGUGAAGCGUUCUCAGUAGACACCAUUGGCGUCCCCCUCUGCUGACAUGUCCUCUGUUUUGCUUGUAGGUCGGCGACUUCGGUCUUGCGCGGGAGUACGGUUCGCCACUGAAGCACUACACAGAAGUUGUAGUCACCUUGUGGUAUCGUGCGCCGGAGCUUCUUCUAGGUGCGUUGCUUUUACUUUUCACCUCUGCAAAAACCUACUUGAACUUUCUGCGAUCUUUCAGCCACCAACUAUCCCCUCUCUUCCCAGGCACAAAACAGUACUCCUGUCCAAUCGAUCUCUGGUCGGUGGGAUGCAUUUUUGCGGAGUUUCUCCUUCAGCGUCCACUGUUCCCAGGCAAAGGCGAAGUGGAUGAGUUAAACAUGAUUUUCCGCGACUUGGGAACUCCGAACGAACGCAUCUGGCCCGGUGUCACCUCGCUGCCGGGCAUGAAACGUUGCGUAUUCACGGAAUACGCCUACAACCAGCUGCGCCGACGGUUUACAGAGAAGCAGAUCUCAGACCACGGAUUUGAUCUUCUCAAUAGGUAUUUAAAGUCGUCUCAGUUCCAACGGCUUUGCAGAUAUCUUCCAACUACAAAUACUUCUAACAUAGCUUCAAUUAACAGCUAUGGUGCGGUGUUGGGGGGAGGGGGUGUUUCCUGUAAUGUCUGAAUUCGAUGGUAGCUACUCCAUCCAACUCUUCAGGAUUGCGCCUGAUGCAGAGAGGGGAUUAAUUAGUGAUUGCGGAGUAAAGCUACUGACUGCAUGGGCGAAACAGAGGCCUACGGAUCUUGGGGUUUGUGUCAACGCUUUGCCGUUCAUGGAGCCUAGACAUUCGCACAUGUUUAUUUUGAAGGUAGAAUGAGGUAAGUUUCAUUGGAUACAGCUCUAGGUCCAGUUAUUUAGGGCUUUCAUGCUAUUCUAUACUCUUACUUCCCUGGACUCUGCUCUGCGUCAAAAAAGAAGUAAUAAUUCGAAUAAAAUAAGAGGGCAUUAGGGCAGUCCGCAGCAAAUGCUGAACUGGCGUAUGCCAGGGCGUGACUGGUGCACGAGGAAUAAUUUGGCCGAAAAACCCUUACUUAAAUAAACGUAGUAGCGAGUACUGUGUAGUAAACAUACUUGGACUACGUACCAUAUUCCUGCCGGAAGAUAUAUUUCCAAGCCUUUCUGACCGACCGAAGCCUUUAUUGGCCUGACGUGUUCGGACGAGGUAUGAGAACCUCUCAUACAAUGGGGAGGGUAUUAAAACCUCGCGUCUUGGUGUUUUGACGUGCUUUUUACAAUCCCAACUCACACGUUACUUAAAUAGAUUAAUUAGUCUUUUUAUGGUGAGUUAAACAGGUUUGCUUACGUUUACCCUAACCCCUUCGCCUCUAUUAGCUUCCUCACCUACUGUCCGGAGCGUAGAAUAACAGCAGACAAGGCGCUCAGCCACCCCUACUUCAGCGAACGUCCGCGCGCCAUCGAUCCCUCAAUGUUUCCCACAUGGCCUGCAAAAUCGGAGGGCGGCAAGGUAUCCGGCCGGCGUGCCAAUUCGCCCCGUCCCCCGCCUGGUGGUGGGGCCCUCGCAGCCGCAGCAGAACUCCGCGGGUCCGGCGGCGCCUCUAACUUUAGCCACCUAGGCGCGGCCUUUGACAGGCUCCAACAACCACCACCACCUCUGGGUGGCCAGCGUUUCUACGCCCGCUCACCCUCGCGACCCAACACGGCCCAGGGUGCAGGCAGUCAACAGCCCGGAAUGGGCUCUGGAGGGCCCGAUCAGGGGUUCCUUCUACGAUUCUGA